AUGGCGGGCUCUAUGACGGGAGAGCAAAUCCAAGCUCUCGCUGAUGCCCUCGAGCCUCUGUCACCGAAGGAUCUUGGACCAGCUGUUCAAGGUUUCGCUGUCGCCUUCGGUAUUACAAGUGUUAUUGUCGUUUGUCUACGAAUCUAUGUUCGCGCGGGUUUAUCUGGAGUAUCGCCACGACUUCUCGGGUUCGAAGAUUACUUAGCCGUUCUUGCGACUAUACUCUUAAUACCCGCCGUCGUUUUCGCCUUCCUUUCAGCGCGCUAUGGAGUCGGAUCCCACGAUGCGAAUAUUCCGAAUCCGAUGUACCUUAUUCGCGCCACCGAGUACCAAACCUACUGGGAGCUUUUAUACUUUACUUCGUCGACAAUCAUCAAGUGCGCCAUCGGUUUCACAUGUAUACGCCUCGAUCGUCGGAAGCGAGUUGUCUUUCCCAUAUGCGUCAAUAUGUCGGUUAUGAUCAUCGUCACGGUUUUGGCUCUAGCAUUCGUGUUUGCCAAUUGCAAGCCAUUUCAUGCGACGUGGAACCCGGCUUUGGGAACAUGUCAAAAGGUCAUCAGCUUGCAGACGGUGAGCUACAUCGUUUCCGCUAUUCAGAUGGCAACCGAUUGGGCAUGUGCGAUCAUUCCGUUCUUUAUUGUAGCAGGACUACAAAUGUCUCGACGGAGAAAGAUAUCCGUCAUUGCUAUCCUCGGUCUCGGCGUUUCAGCUAGUAUUGCGACCUGUAUCCGGAUGCCUUAUUUGAAGUACUACGACGUGGUGAAAUAUCCGAAUGAGAUCGCAUAUCAUCUCGGCGUCGUCAGUAUCACCUCCAACGUCGAGUGCUGUCUCGGAAUCAUCGCAUGUUCUCUACCACCGCUCCGAAAGCUGUUCAACUUCUACUACGGCUCCUCUCACGAGGGAAACUAUCAGUACACGGGCGAAAGCGAGAACAUCCUUCAGGGCUCUAGUCAGGGCAUCAGGUUGGACUCAAUCAAUGGCCGAAAAGGGACAUUUCACGCAUCGGCCCAACGUGUUCCAUCGCGAGCUCGAGAUCAUGAAACAGACGAUGAUAAUUCGAGCAGCAAGGGAAUUAUACGAAAGACGGAGGUCAGAGUUAGCUCAUCGAGGUAUAACUCUCCCGUGCAGCGAUCUCCCCUUAAAAUUCCAGCAAUUGCCAACUUCUGGUUCCUCUGGGUCGACCCCAUCCUGACUCUUGUCGGGAUGUAUGGCAACUUUAUCGAUCACGAUCUCGCCAUGCAGGCCUUCUUCGUAAAUUACCCACCGACCGACCAUUUCCGAUGUUUCAUCUAUCAGAUCGGCGGUAUGGGCACGUCAUUCCUCAUCCUGCUCGUCGGGCUACUACGCUACACGCACGACAUCAACAUCUGGAAGAUUGUGCAGCUUGCCAUUCUACCAGCUGACUUCACCAUGCUCACGGCUAUAUACAUUGGCAUGCGCAUCUCUGGCAAUUUGGCGCUUGCAGAUUGGCGCUGGGAAGAUUGGUUUAGUAUCGUCAUCACUGGUAUUUGCACUGUUCUCAGAAUCGCGUUUGUUCUGGGCGUUGGGGUGAGGGAUACGAGGGCGAGAGCCAAGAGGGCUUAG